UAAGUUUGAAAAAAAAAUAUCUAAAAAUGUAGAGUUGUUUUUAAAAAUUGCUUGCCGAAGAAUUUCACUUGACGGUUAGCAUUUUAACUGGGCGACAACUCCACAUUUCGUCUCCCCCAACCACAUCUACGAUAAAAGCUCCAUGUAACACCACACCAUCAUUCAACAAUGGCCUCGCUUACAACAAUGUUAGACGUUUUGAUGAUCCUUGUGUACGCUCUACACACUAUAGAAGCUGAAACAUGUAUUUCCGACUGCGGAAAUAGAACUGAUGGCAAUUACGUCUUGUGCGGUGAAAAAUGCGAAGAUGGGUACUUUAUGUCGUGUGCUGAUGGCCAUGGUACUGAAAUGCCGUGUGCGCUUGGUGAGUACUUCCAUGAUAACGGCACCAAGUACACCGCGAGACUCAUCUUCGACCCGUCCAUGGGCGCGUGCAUGUUCAGCAACAAAAUCUGCAGCACUCCGGAAUUUGAAGUCAGAUCUUGUUUAACCUAUGGAUGCUCAUAUCGUAAAGAUGGGGACUACCCACUGUGUGGAGGCCAAUGCUUUGAAGGUAUUAUGCGAAAUGCGAGAACGGUGUCAUGAAGAAAGUG